AUGUUUAGUAACCGUAACAACACCCAGAAGCCUGAUGGUGAAUUCAUCAGUCGCUUCCAGCAAGCAUUCUCAGAAAUCGUUCCCCGAAGGGACAGUCACGGCGCGCAAAAUGAAGAGCUAUUCGGUGCAAGAAACUCUAUGAUGCCCCAAGGACUGGCAGAUAACACCGAUAUGAAAAUAGAGAGUCACAAUGUCAAGUUUUCUAUGAAUAACAAUGACCGUACGCCUCGAAACAUGCAUGAACUAGGCUUGACCCCCUCAUGGAUGGAACCUGGAUCAUAUUCCAUGAUGCCUCUUGCCAACCAACACCCUGGAUUUUACACCCCCAACUCCGGCGGAAUGGGUGCUAUUUUCCACAAUCAAGCCGGUGAUUUACACACUCCCACGGGGAUGCAUACGAUGACUCCGCUUUCUCUUUCGGGCAUGUCAGGAACGAACCACCACCCGCAUGCAAGUGGAUUUGAGCCCUUCAACCCGCAUCUCUUGCAGUCAAUGCAAGAAAUGAACCCAUAUUCCCAACCGCCUUCAUACGCCCCAAGCGCUUUCAUGCAUCGGGACACCGGAUACGAUGCUAUGGAUGAUUCAAUGGACAAUUCGUCUAUCAAUGAUGUACAGAUUGAAACAGCGUCCAGCGUAACAGCUUCAACAGAUUUUUCAACUCAAAUUAGCGGCGGUGACACGUCUUAUACCAGGGGUGAAAAAUUCCGCUUCAAUGUUUCUUUACGAGCACCGACAGCAAUGGUAAAAAACUUGCGCGAAAUUCCCAUCACUUAUCUCAAUAAGGGACAAGCAUACAACCUCACGAUUAUGGACUCAAGUCCCCCGAUGAUGACCCACGAACCUAUUCGGUAUAGAACAUGUGUUCGCGUUUCGUUCGAAGAACAAGAGCAAAGGGCGAAACCAUCGACAUGUUGGCAGCUGUGGAAAGAAGGAAGAGGUUCCAGUGAAGCCCACCAGCGCGGUGGAAAAUUGUUAGCGGUCGAAUAUGUCGACCCACUUCAAGGCGGUGGCGAUGCGCACAAGCACCGACAAGUCCAAAUUGAGAGCAUGUCUGUCGACGGAUUCUGCGUGACUUGGACUGCCAACCCGACCACUGGCAUCGCCGAUUGCCAUGUUCCCGUUCGAUUCAACUUCCUCUCAACCGAUUUCAGCCAUUCCAAGGGCGUUAAGGGAAUUCCGGUCAGACUUUGUGCCAAAACCGAAGUCAUAUCACCAGGCGAGGAGAUGGGCGUACCGCGCAGCAUGGAAUUGUCUUACUGUAAAGUCAAGCUCUUCCGGGAUCACGGUGCUGAGCGGAAGCUUUCCAAUGAUAUUGCACAUGUCAAAAAGACAAUCGAUAAGCUUAAGCAACAGGUUUCGCAGGCGGAGAUGGGCGGUGGCUUCGGCAAGCGCAAACGCGGCAAUAAUUCAUCCACUGCUAAGGGAUCCGAGCGAGCUAUGAAGUCUUCGAACCAUAAGCGCGCUUGGUCGAUGGGCUCAGAUGAUGGCCCGCCUGAAAAAAUCUCACUCGAAGAUGACCUGCAAUCCAAGCUCUCUAUAAUGCAAGAAAUGUUUUCAUCCACUCGACCGGUGAGCAUUCUCGGUUUGCGUGGUGACGAGGCCGAUGACCCAGACUUGCAUCCGAUUCGACUCGAUGGCGAUAUGGGCAGAUUCGAACAAUUGAGUCGACAAAACUCGAGCGUUAUGCAGACUGGGGAAUCGAUGAUACCAUCUCCAGCCAACUCCAAUAACUCUUCUUCUAAUUCGCCUUCUUCCCUUUCCCAUUCAACCAGGCUGUUGACAAAACCGACUACAAUUCAACGAAUCCCAUAUCGUGAUCAAGAAUCUCGAGGGUUCAUUGAGGCUGUUGGCGUGGACCCAACAUACCGACCCCCUACAGAAUGCCCACCAAAGCCAAUUGCAUGCUUCUAUAUUCGUUUCAGUGGAAACGACAAACACUCACAAGAUUACUAUCGUGCGAUCUAUCUGUCAGAGCGCACUGUUCGAGAUCUCAUGAAGCAAAUUUCAGAGACUCAUCACGUGGAUCAGUCACGAAUCUCUAACGUCAUGCAUGUCAAUAAAAAAGGCUUGCGAAUUUUGGUCGACGAUAACCUGGUUCGCCAGCUUCCAGAGGGCCAAGACAUGAUUGUCGAUAUCUCUGAACCGGCAGGCUCUAGUGGCGGUACGCCUGGCAUGAACUCAUCUGCCAUUGAGAUCCGUUUAACCUUUUAA